GAACUAUCGUUGCCAGACAUUUAAAGAUUCCACAGACACUCGGUGUUGCGUUACUUCAGGGACCGUCAAUCAAUUACCUAUUAAAUUAUACAAAAAAAAAGUUAUAAAAACAUUAAUAUAGCAUAUAAAAGCCCUCAAAUGCAAUCCGGAGAGAUAAAUCUUAUUAAUCUCAGCUAGUAAAAUAUUUCUGCCUGGAUCUGGAAUCACUGCGUCACACGGCAUUGAAGCUAUUGGGAAAAAUAACCCUCCAGAACUGUGUAUCAGUCAGUUGCACAUUUAGCGACGGUCCCUAAGUGACACAAACACAAACAAUAUCAAGAGCUCUGUACGCCUUAAGCUCACCAGCACGUGACAGUCUAAUAUGCUAAUUUGGAGCGACCAAUGAGCGGGGUUUUGGGCGUCACAUGACUACUCCAACGCGGAACUAGCAGUCACGUGUUUGAUACAAACACCUUUGAGUGUAAAUAUUUGACAUUUAUAUGCAUUAAAGUCACUCUGAUGUGGUUGGGGUUGUUGCUUCAGUAUGUACGCUUCAGGAUCAGAGAGUUUAAUCAAACAGGCGAGAGAAAUACAGGAGGAGGAGCUGCAGAAGUUUUAUGGUCGUGUAUAUAAACAACUUCAUUCUGGUAAAGAAGCUGGAGGAGAGGUGAUCGAUUCCCUACAGAGGCUGCACUUGAUUGUUUCUGCUACAAAAUAUGCCAGAUUACUUCCUCCAGACCUGGUAAAGAAGCUCCAGAUGCUGCUGCGCUCCCCAUCCUGUCUGGAGCAGUUACAGGUUCUGUCCUCUUCCAUCCUCAGGGAGAGUUUACCUCUCAGUCUGAACAAUCUGUCCACAGAGCUGAGCCAAGACAGCAGAGCUCUCAGUUAUCUGGCCAGUGUAGUGCUCACACAGGCUGGAAGCAAGGAUGAUCUGCUUCCUGUCUGUCAGUAUUUACUGAAGUGUCUGGAGUCACGGCAGCCUGAGACGCAGGUCCCCAGACACACGCUUCCCAUUCUGUCUAAAAUGUAUAGCUUCUCUCCAGAUAUCCUCACUGAAGAUCAGGUGAAUGUGGUCAGUCGGAAGCUGGCUGACUGGCUCCGAUAUGCCAGUAUUCACCAGGGAGCCUCCAUGUCGUCUGGGGGAUUUUUCACCAGUCCAAGAACACGACAGCCAGCACUGAUGACUGAAGUAGAUGGAGCAGUGGCAGGAGAUUUCUUCACUGUGUUGUGCGUGGGGCAGAGCUACACCGAAGACCACUGGAUGAACAUUUACACUUUUUCCAUGAUCAAGAUCUGGCUGCUUACCUACGACACAGAUGGCAGCUCAAAUACAGAAUCAGCUCAGCUAAAAACAGAUCAGGUCAUACACACAAGUCCACCGCAGCAAGAUGACCGGUCUGAGUUGGACAGUUCGGUGAUGUCCAUGGUGUCUGCAACCUCCUCGUCCAGUCGAAUGCUUCCCCCAAAAGAGCGUCUGAGGGAGAAAGCCUUCGAGUAUUGCCAUCGGCUUAUCGAACAGAGUGACCGGAAGGCUCUGAAGAAAGCAGAUGCAGAGCUACAGAAAGCGUGCAUUGUGGAGUCAGUGUCCAUAAUGGACAUCAUCUGCAGUGUGGAUCCUUCCUACGUGUACCGUGGCUUUCCCUGUAUCAAAGCGCUAUAUGGCAGGCUGAGUGCAGACCUGGCUUUUGCUCGAGUCCUGCUGCCCAUCGCUCAGUUCUACCUCAACCACAGCGAAACCGCUGCUGUGGAAUCGGAGGCCGUCUUCUGCCACCUGUUCAGCCGUUUCCCAGCCGAUCUCUUCAACGAGCCCAUGCUGGCCUACGAGUUUGUCCAGUUCUGCCUGCACAAUGUGAGCGUGCUGCAGGAGAAAGUGGCCAUGUACAGGCACAGCUUCCCUAACCUGCUCAAGUUUCUGGCGUGGAACAGUCCGGGGCUGAUCUCUGAGUUUAUGGAGCUGCUGCCUUCGCUGUUGGCUACUGAAACGGCGAUUGAGUUGCUUCACACGCUGCUGGAUCUUCCCUGUCUCGCUGCAGCCCUGGAUCUUCAGCACAGGUCGGCAUGGUAUCAGGUCGCAGAUCGUGCCCUGUGGGACCAGCAGGGUUCUAAGAUCACAGCGUCCCUGGAUGCCUUUCGCCAGCCUUCCUACAGAGGUCUGUUCCUCUACAUCCUCAGACCGGAGGCAGGCACCGGAGACACGAUCGACAGGUUGAGUAUGCUUCACAAUGCUCUGGAGGGAAUGACGGAGAGUCCUCGCGUGCUGCGCUGCGCUCAGAUUGUCCCUGUCCUCUUACAUGUCUACUUUAAUACGAUCACGCAGAUGGCUGAUGGGAAGAUGAUGAACCAGCUGCUGUUGGUCCUGUUGGAAAGAAGCAGCCUUUUAUACAAGAUAAAGAACUUCAGCGCUGAAGUACAGAGAGUGUUCAGCACACAACUGCAGGUGCUCUGCAAACUGCACCCAAUGCUGAUUGUCGACCAGUACAAGGAGCUGCUGGAAUUCACCAGCACCACUACGAACAUCUACACUAAAGAGGACUUCUACACACACGUGGUGUGGGUAAUCGGGGAGUAUUUGUCCCUGUCCUAUGACCCUCGUUGUACCGUGGAGCUGAUAACCUCCUUCUUUGAGGGACUCGAGGCGGUGUUGUUUGAGAUCACACAGGUACGCCAGUCUGCCAGCCCCCUGAGCUACACGCCACGACUGCUCACCGUGCUCAUGACGGCCCUGGCGAAGCUGGCGUCCCGCAGUCAGGACCUCAUUCCCCGAGCGUCACUUUUCCUGUCUAAGAUGCGCUCGUUUGCGCUCAGCGGCCGCGUGGCAUCGUGCUUCAGUGAGGAGGACAGCGAGGAGAUCAUCACACGAUCCCACGAGCUCAUCAACCUUCUCAAGCUGCCGAACGUAGCGCAGUUCGUGUUAACGCCGUCCGCUCAGGGUGACUGUCCACGCUGGCACCGAGACACCAACGCCGCCCUGCCACAGCGCAUGAGGGCUAUCAGCGGCCUGCUGCAGUCUCACUCCAGCUUCCUGCCAGCUUAGAGCACCUCGCUCACAACGCCACGCCGGCUCAAUACACUGAAACCUACGAAAGAAAAGAAGCAGCGUACUUUUCAUGGAAGAAGAAGACAUAAGCUGAGCCCACACAGGCCAUGAUCCACACCAGCCAGCGCAUGUGUGCCGCCCAGGGGCCGAGCUCUCUCAGGUUCAGCCUGCACACAACACCCACAUUAAUACACAACCUGAAAACAAACACACCUCUACUGACUGUAGAGGACACACAGGAUGUCUGUAUUUUUUUUGAUAUGCGAUCGAGCAUUAUAAACGUGCACACAUCUACACAUCCGGCACUCACCAGGGGGCAUAAGAGGCAGCGAUGAAGAAAUAAAUCACCAUCCUAUCACACAUGUGGAAGCGCUGCUCUACAGUCCUGUCAGAGCACAAGAACAUUUUAGUCAGUUUAGUUUUAGUUUUAUUUACUCUCGCCUGGCUGAUUUUCUCUUCGUGCUUUAGCAGUAAGCAGUCACACAUGAAAAGACAUUAAAAUCUGAUGCGCAUGAAGUAAAGAGAAACCCAACAUGAACCGACAGGCCUACGGUAGUCAGUUCCUCUAAACCUGUAAUGGAGAGCGAAAGUGUAUUUACACAUCAGACAAACAUCACAUCGCAUUUUACUUUCAUUUCUUUUCCUUCUAUGGGAUGUAACACAAUCUGGAUCUGGAUUUUUUUUUUUUAAUGCUCCAAAUAUCCAUAACUGUAUCUCUAGUCUGAUUUAUACCCAAAGUUUGUUUGUUGGUUUCAUUAAAUACUCACUCCUUUACUUUACUCCUUGGAAACACAGCACAAAAAGACAGAUAUCUUAAGAUAUCUUAAAUUCACUCAGAUCUAUUUAGUAUUUCCUUUUAUAAGAAUUCAAUAAGCCAAACCUAAGAUUUUUAUUCAUUUGGACUAAAUUCAUUUGUACGUAUUCAGAUGGCGGAUCAUUUUUUUCAAAUUUUAAGCACUGUUAAGUAAAAUUAGCAGGCAGGUGAAUAAAAAAUGGAACGCUGGAAAGAAUUAAUGUGUGGACAAAUCUUAUAACAACAAGUAGCAAUAGAUAUAAUUAGAUUUUUUUAUUUAUUUGUUUGUUUGUUUGUUUGUUUGUUUGUUUGUUUGUUUAUUUAUUUAUUAUAUUUUUGGGGAUAUUUUGUUCCUGGCCAUAAUAUUUUUAACUCUUUAAACGUCUAGAUUUCCAGAUCUGGUUAUCUGGACUAUUAAAUUACUAAAGUGUUAAUAAAUGUUAAUAUGCAUGUUUGACCUGCAAGCUUCAUAUCUGAAUACUUGCUACACGACAAGAUCGCCUACGUACGGAUCUCCAGUUUGUUAGAAGUCUGUUAGCAUUCUAUAUCACAAAGUGAGAGCGUUGUCUUUCUACAUUUGUAAAAAAAAAAUGUUAUCUGUCUGUUUUUUGUAUAGCAUAUUCUUAUUCUUUUACAUCCCUACAACCUACAAACAUUUCUUUUUUUCAGAUUUGUUUUUCAAUUUUUUU